AUGGCCCAACAAGAACAGCGUACUGGAAAAUACGGAACACCAAGGCUUCAAUAUCUACAGGAGCUGGUGAGUCAGUUUCAGAAUUCCACUGAUGAAGGUUCUGUAGAUUAUCUAACGACAAUACUUGCUUCCGCCUUAUGGCAAUUUGAUGUCAUCAUUUUCAAAUGCUUCUGUUCGGCUCUAGAGAUAAUUGUCGCAAACUUGGCGAAUUUUGCCUAUGAUCCUUUCAACUACACUAUUUUACGUCAGCUAAAUGUUUUGGAGCUAUUCUUAGACUGUAUAACAGAGCCAAAUGAGAAGCUUGUAGAAUUCGGGAUAGGAGGAAUAUGCAACGUUUGUGCUGAGCCAAAAAAUGCUGCUAUCAUUGUUGAGGCUGAUGAGAUUUCUCUUAUGACUAAUUGUGAAUUACACUUUGGGGGCUUUAACAGAGCAACAAGAGAAGAGAUUGUGAGGGGAGAAGUGGUUGAUCUCAUUGAGAGGUACGCAGCCGCUGAAACGGUUAGCGUAAGUUUUAGUAACUUGGCUAAGGCUUUUCUUGACAAGCAUGUUCAUGCAAACACAUGA